UGGGGCCUAUUGAAUGUCUUCCUCAUCUCUCUCUGCGCCCCAUUGAUUGUAUAACCGUUCAAAUUAAGACCACAACUGCCUAAAAGACCUUAAAAAAGAAUGUUUAACAUGCUCCAAACAGGUCAUCCCUGAUAGAAUGAGUACAUACGUGGAAUGUUGAGCAGUGAUUAAGGGAAAUUCAACAACACAACAAGCUUUGUUCUUAAUUCUGCAGAUUUUCCGACACGCUGUCGACCCCAGAGACAUCACUCUCAUGCUUGCCUAUGAGACAGUCCGGAUAGAGCUGGUGCAGAUGAUGCCUCCAGUGGGGGACACUCUGGCUUGUUUUGAAGAAGAUGCUCAAAGUUUUUUAUUUCCAGAACCCAAGCUUGUUCGCCCCUUCUCUGGAGUGGAUCGAGAGGUUCUGAUGAGCAGAGCACCUCAUUUUCUUGGUAUUGCUCCGAGGUUGGAGUUCACCACCAAAACAACCAUCACUGAGUGCUCACCUGAUGCUGAGGUCAAGGUUUACCCAAAUAAACCCAUGAAGCCAUUUGGAAAACAGAGCACGAGGCGAUCCAGUAAACCGGGAACAAGAUGUCCUCCAAUCCGUGGAGGGGAGCGCGGGGACAGGGCUGACCGUGGGAGGGAGAGCAUCGUCUGGCCUUUACCACACCAGCCCAGAUCCCUGUCCCUGUCCCCUCUGAGGGACAGGAACCCUCAGCAUCCGGCCCGGCUUAGCUCAGACUCGGUGGAAAGGGACACCGGGAUAUCUCGAGCAUUCUCGGCUGGGCUGAGUGGGCUUCGCAGACCACAGGGGCGGAGUCUUCUGAAGCAGUGGGGAGAGCACCAGGUUGCUGAGUUCCUGGCCUGGAACCAGACAGUCUGCAUGGUUGACCAGCUCCUCUUCUCAUCUGACCAAGCCUUCCAGCACAGGUUGGCGAAAUACCUGAAGAUGAUCCCAUGUCUUUGGAAACACACGAGCUCUCUGCCAGUCAUCGUGGUCCUCGCCCUUCAGAACUACAGCGGUCCUAUAGAAAAGGGCCCGCUCACAUCAGGCGAGAGUGCAGUCCUCACAGAGCGUGGGAGGAGGUCCAUGAUCGAGUUCGGGGACUCCUCACUACUCCUAAAGCUGUGCGCAGACUUCUUAACGGAGCCACAGUCUCUGAGGUGGACGCCGUCUUGGCCAGGAGGUCCAUUUCUCCAGGUCCUACUUGCUGACCUGGCCUGUAUCGUAUGUAACCUAUGCUCUUAGCUGGAUUUGGAAAUAACGUCUUGUAAAGCUGCAUAUAUGCAUCUUUACAUGAACUCUUUAGUUCUCUUGUCACUUGACCUACAGUAAAACUAAAGCUUAGGACAAUCUAGGCCCGGACAUUAAUGACAAAGCAAUGCUGUGAUGUGACAGUCAUGUGAACAUCUGCCGUUUAGAUCUCAUUCAGGGGAACAGGAAAAAAAAAAAUAACAACGGUCUCAUCUCCUCAGACAGAUGUGUGUGUUGCAGUGGUUUGAUGUCUAGAUGAUUCCAAAAACAAUGCGAUUAGAAUAUGAUGUCGAUAAACAUUUUUGUGCUGAGCCCGGCUUUGCGGCAGCGUUCGGGCUUUACUGUCAUCAGGGAGCUGACAUUGUGGAGUCCUCCACUAAAUCACCAGAGGACCAUUAAAAGUUAAUGGGAUCUAUGGCAAGGCGGCUCUGUGUGAGCUACUGCGAUAUUAUUCCAGAAAAGGGCGAUCUUUGCGAGUGUGAGGC